AUGGCCAUGGACGACGUGCACUCGGCAGCUCAUGCGAGCCUGACGAAAUCUCCAGAGCCAGAAAUACACAAACGACGACGAUUACCCAUACAAGACGACUCUACCAUCGAGGAUGCUUACAGAACUUCCCACCGCGGCCCGCCAGACUCUUUUACGACGACCACAACGCGUCCUCCACCAAGUUCGACUACAGGAGCAACCCCUCCUCCCGAUUCGUUAAGAAAGGACACGCUUUUGACCAUGGACGAGGACAAAGCCCCGGCGCGUGGGCCGUCAGCGAUGUCCAUGCCAAUUCCUAGAACACCUCCACGCUCCAGCCACCUCUCGCUUCACGCUACCAUAUCUGUUGCAAAGUCCCCAUCCCGCACUCAGUCCCUCCCUACUGUCUCACCAGAAAGACCAGCGCUUGCGGAUGCGGCUGAAGAAGCUGGCGGUUCACUCCACCGUGUUAGUUCUGCCAUGGCAAAGCGUUCUGCUGGGCCGUCAUCGGGUCGAAAACCUCAACCGGUCUCACUGUCUAGUCCCAAGAAGCCGUCCCCGAUCAAGACGCGGAAGAAUACCAUAGAGGAGAACGAUGCAGACGACGAGGGUCCUAGUCAAGCAUCCACAAAUCCCAUAAGCGCGACACAGUCGAUGCCAGAACUCGGAGAGUCUCCUCAGCAUAGGAUAUCUCCCAUUACGCUCCUGCCCAAAGUCCUCCGUCACCAAAAGCCAACUCCACCGCAGCCCAUCAACCACGAAUCAUCUACCCGUGGAGGUGACGACACACAGUCCUCUGCUUCUUCGCGCGAGUUUCGUACCUUGUCGCGGUAUAUGCGAGACGACGCAAACAAGGUUUCUCGUCCUCUCACACAGUUUAUAGUCGGAGAGAAUCCGCCUGGCAUAUUCAUUCAAUCGCAAACGCAGACGCAGACGCAGUCACAGGUUGACCCCAGUCACGAGGCGGGCGAAAGCCUAUCUCAUGUUCCCAGGACGCUCGUCAGGGGUACGCCCUCUGAGACGUCGGAGACGUCGCAGCAUGAGCGUGAUUGGCGAGCGAUCGAGCAUGAAGAACUUGUCCCGACGCAGAUCCUUGCGUCCACCCAAGAGCUCUUGCCGACGCAGGAUGCUACAGAGUUUGUCGAAACAGCUCUGGUAGACACGCAGGAUGGGGCGCCCAUGUACGAAGCGUCGCCUAGCAAACCGAUCAAGACACUCAACAUUUCCCCGGUCAAGAAGCGAGGAGGAUACUUUUCGUCGUCAUCUGCACAGAGUAUUCCUGGACUCUACUUACCUGGAGAUGGCAAGAGUUCCGAGUCGCAGCAGUCGCAGCUCUCCGAGAAGAGUAUCAAUCAGCCCGCAGCGCCUCUUGCGAUGCCUAGGGUGUUUGCUGUCACUGCAUCAGGGGCAACCACAGGGACUCCUUCGUUGCAAAAGGAAGGGCCAGCUUCGACUUUGCGCCGUAAUCCUAUCAAGUCUUCGCGUCCAGGAGGUUACAGAACGACGUCUGGUUCACAGAACGACAACCUUCCCCAAAAUCCAAAGUCAUCUGUCAAUCAUCCAGUCUCCUCUGCCGCGAACGGCCACGUACCUAAGCGGAACCCAUUGGCCAGACGAAAGACGCCUGUCGAUCUGAGUCAGUUGCUACAGGGUUUGGAGCAGCGGGAGCGCGUAGUUGUACCAUCCAGUGACCCUUUCAUGCCUAUAGAGGCGGACCAGUCGACUUUACCCGAGGAGACGAUGCCGGUGAGCUUCCCUGUGGGUGAACAGGAAGCCAUCGAUGAGCCUCAAAUCGAACAAGAGGAUGAAAUACUGGCUGAACGUGAUUCAUCAGAGCCGGCAAAAUCUGAGAUUAUGGAGACGGAUGAUGAGCCUCAAGCUAUGCACGCUCUUGAUACUCCCAGGCCGCUGCCUAAACAUCAAGAGCACACUGUUGCUGUCCAAGACCCAGCACAAUACAGGUCUGAUACCGACACGGAGGAGCGUCCGCCUCGCUCGAUAUCAACAACGAAAACGCCCGUAUCGAAACAGUCGUCCAAGACUAUCUCUUCUAGCCCUUCCAAAGGCUCUUCAAAGGUGACUACGAAGCAGGGCUCUCCAAUAAAAAGACCCCACGGAGAGUCUGUCGUUGAGAGGGAGCUCAGUGAUCAGACGAGCAGCCCCGGGGACGAUGAAUCUGAUUAUGUCCCUCAAACUCAAACUCAGAAGGACGAUCUGGAAGGCGAGGUGGUGGAAUCCUAUCCAGGCGAGGAUGCAUGGGAUGAGUCACAAUCUCCUCGACGUCCGGGAAAACGAUCUGCGAACGAGCAAGGUGGUCGUAAAGGCAAGCGAAUCUGCCGACGGACGGCCAGUCCCAAAGUCGGCGUUGACGACGUCGAAGGGGAAGAAAUGCCAAAAGGAAAGCAGGAGCAGGCACCACCAAAGCCUGCGAAACCGCGACUCGAUUUAAGCGCGAUGAUGCCUCCACCAGGUCGACGUGCGACUCGCGCUACGGCCAACACGCGUACUCGUGGUAUUUCUCUCAACACUCCCAUCGUCCAUAGCGGACACCUGGUCAUGGCACACUUUCCGGAGAGCAAGCGUUUCUUUCCUGGAUAUGCGGUUGCCCGUACGGGUGUAAAAUGGCAGGUUAAUCCUUGUGAUGAUUCCCCAUCCGUCUUUGUGGAGCCCGGCUCUAUGCGUCGCUGUGUGUUCCGAGAAGGAGACAUUGUCACCAUGACGCCAGAUGGCAAUGGAGAAAACUAUGGUGAUGCCAUUGUCAUCCUAGUGGACUCCAAAUGGGAUGAGGAGCUUGUGGUGAAGCUGCGCAUUGGUGCGGAUGACGAUGUCGAGGAAAGAUAUGUUCAUGUCAGGCACAUUUCGGUCCAAGAUCAGCACAUUACAAAGCAAUGGGACACACGCAAGGUUUCGCAUCGGGACCUAGAGACGGAGGAACCGGUCGCCGAGUCUCCUGUGCCCAUGUCCGCAAUGGAAGAACGGGAUCAUUGA